AUGGAAAAUCAGUACAUAUUUCCGAAUGGAUUUAGUAGCAAGGGGGAGUAUAUCAAUGGAAACACAGGUGGAGGAGAUAACAUAUCCCUUUUAAGUGGUAGAGUAAAAAAGGAUGAAACACAAAUGAAAGAAGCAAGUACAAAGAGAAGUAAGAAUGCAAACCCUUUGAUGAAGAGAAUGAUUGAGGGAAAAUGCACCACAAAUGAUAGUAGUAAAGGUGGAACAACGAUACAACCGAUAGAUGCAUGUGUGAAAAAUGAUAUUGGAAAAAAGGAGGAAUGGAAAGAAACACAAGAAAAAGAGAGGAGGGUGGAAUGGAAAGACGUACAAGAAAAAAGCGGAAGGGGGGAAGCAAAGUGGGACUCGAAUGGCAGUUAUAGUGAUAUGAGAACGCUAAAGGAUGAAGAUAAUUACGAAUUUUUGCAUUACAUAAACUACUUUUUCAUAGAAAAUAAAAGCGAUGUAGAUAUAUAUUUUUCUGUUAAGGAUUUUCUAAAAAAUAGUAGUCCUACUUUAGUUUAUUUAUUAAAAAACAUUUCUUUGUUGUCUCAUAUUAUAUAUUUUUAUGAAAUAAAAGAACAACAUUUAUUGACUUCAAAUGAUAUAGAAGUUAUCAAGAACAUUUUGUACAAAAACGAAGAUAACCAUUCGAAUAAUUACAAUGUUGUUUAUAAUUGUAUAAUAGUUUUACUACAAAUCGUUAGGUUAAGUACUCACGCAGGUGUAAAAAAUUUUGCUUAUUAUCAUUUAUUACGAAAUUUAGAAAAAUUUUCUUUUCUUUUUUUUCUUAAUUUUAAUCUCGUAAAAGUAAAACAUAGAGAAAAUUUCUAUGUGCUCCGAAACAAUGAAGCUACUUUUAUUAGCGACUUUAUAACAUUACAUAUUGUUCAUAUGUUAAAUAAUGAUAAUAAACUAAUAAGAAUAUUUGCCUUAAAACUAUGCCUUAUUUUUGCUAAAAAAGUAAGUCAGAGUCCAUAUAUUAUAAACUAUAUUUUGAACAUCCUUUUUCAACAAAUAAAUAUAGAUGAAUAUGUUUAUUCCUUUUCUGUUCUCAUCCAGUUAAUACCAUUGUUAAGUCAUGAUGUAAUAUAUCAUGUUAUUGUUAAUGUUUAUAAGAACGUUGUAAAGAACCAGGGGGCUGAACGAAUUUCGAGUAGUUUAAAAGAGCUCGAGGAGGUGGAGCAUCAUUCCUCCCUAAAAAGCUCCAAAUGUGGGGAAACACCAAAGGGGAAUGAGCAUCAUUUGCAGCAUAUUCCAAGGGAACAGCCAACGCAUACGUCAAACUAUUUACGCAUGCAAGAAGAGGAGAGCAGUUGUGAACCUAUAAAUAGUAGUACGUUGCACCAUGAUGCGGUACAUGCAGUACAUGAAAAUAAUGAAAAGAAAAUUAUGAACAGUUCAAAAAAGGAUGAAGGGUGGAGUAGUGGUUGUGGUGAAGAGGAAAAGGAUCAGGGGAGCAACUUUAAAAGGGAAAACGAGCCAAGAAAUAAUCAAAACAAAAACAUGGAUGAAAUGGGUGAACAACAUGCCUACUGUGAAAGUGCAUAUGUAAAUAAAAAGAAUAAACAUCGAAGAGGAAAAGGAGAAACGGAAAGAGAAAUGGAAAGAGAAAUGAGCGGAACAAUGAGUGGAAAAAAAAGUAGAAGAAGCGCAAUGCGUAUUUUAAGAAAUCCCUUUGCCUAUGCCGCGUGCAUAUUUUUAAGCGAAAUUGCAAACAAAUUAAAUGAGUUUAUUCCUUAUGUAAGUUUGUAUUUAUUUAAAAAAUUAUGGCGUAUAUUAAAUAACGCAUUUGAAAUAGAUAUAGAGUAUAGGAGUGAAAAAAUGAUUAUGAACAUUAUAGACCAUUGUUUUUAUAGUACUACUUUAUUGAGUUUUAAAAAUUCCUUUCUGUUAAAUUUACAAAUCAUUAUAAUAAAAUUUUUGCUAAACUCAUCUCAAACGGAAUUACUUAGACAGAGAGCUAUUACUUAUUUUGCAUUGAGAAGUCUGUUAUAUUUAAUAAAUAAGGGGAAAAUUUACUUAAUUUUUCACAAUGCUUCUUCAGGAGUAGACUCAUACCCAUGCAGCGAAAACUUCAGUUCUUUUUAUUUCAACUACUUUUCCUUUAUUUGCACUGUUCGAGAUUAUGAAUUACAAAACUGGUUUAACUGCCUCCAUCUAGGUAGUAACCUUUCUAUAUAUGCUUUCGUACAUGUUUUGUACAAAUUUUUUAAAGCGACAAAUAGUAUUAAUUUCGAAGAUUUUAACGACCAUCGGGAUUGCCCAAACUAUGUAGAUAAAAAGAGAAACAAUUUCCCCCACGUGGAACAGUGCAAAAAUAGAGAUACAAAGGAGAACGACUGGAUGAAACAAGAGAGUGUUAGCAAGGACGACAAUAUAAGUUUACAUAACACAUAUUUUGACUUGUAUAUCAACAAAUUUUUACGAGCCUAUCAAAGGGGUGGUACCUCCAUUGAAGACCCUCAUAAGGUACAGGGUGGUGUAGUUUCGCUUGAAAAAAAAAAAAAAAAAAAAAAUAGUAACAUUAACAUUAACAUUAACAGUAACAUUAACAUUAACAUUAACAGUAACAGUAACAGUAACAUUAACAGUAACAGUAACAUUAACAGUAACAGUAACAUUAACAGUAACAGUAACAGUAAUAAUGAUAAUAUUAUUACUGUUAAUAUUGGCAGCAGUACUAAAAAUCAUAUUUAUAAUAAUAAUAAUAAUAAUAAUAACUACAUGAACAGAAGUAAUAACAUAACAGAUAAUUGGCCACUUGCUGCUGAAAGAAGCGGUGCGGACAUAUCUCACCCAAACAAUAUGCUAGGAAAAUUAUUAGAUAAUGAAAAUUCUGAACAGGUCAUGCAGAAGGCCCAUUUUGUUCAGAAGGAAAAUGAGCAAGGGGGACGCAGUUUAGAAGAACAGGAGAAGGGGAAUUUUGACUUCACCAUUGUGGUUAGCGAUGAGGAAGAUAAGGAAAGCGAUGCGAUUGUCGAUUUGGAUGUCCAUAUGAAGGAAAAUGGUGUGGGGGAAGACGAGAUGGAUAAAUAUGAAAGAGGGGAUGGUUACGACAGAAAUGAUACACACAAAAGCCAUGAAAGUGGACCAAAAACAGUCGAUGCGUUUUUCGAUAAUUUUGUUAAGUUGGCGAAAGAAAAUGAAAAAGGCGAUCUCAUGAACGUGAAGCAGUUAAACAUAAUUUUGAAAAUAAAAAAAAAAAAAAAAAAAAAUUUUUCAUUACUUAAAAAUGUGGAGAUGAGUAGGGGUAAGGACAAGUACAACUCAGAUGAUGUUGAACUGAGUUAUGAUAACAUAAAUAGUAAAGUGUGCGAUAGCAGGGACGAUAAUGGUUGCGGUAUCAGCGAUAAUGUUAGAAGAAGCGAUGGUAUAAGUGGUAUUACAAGCGGUGUUAGUAGCGAUGUUAGUAGCAAUGUUAGUAGCUCCAUCAGCGGAUGCAAUAAUAUCAGCGCACAUGAUAAGAGCAGCAGUACCCCCAGCGAAAAGUUCGUCCAUCACAAUGGUGCAGCAAAUAAAGUGCAUAAAAAAAACAAGGAAAAAGAAAGCGGAGUUAAUUGUGAAGGUAGAACAAAUAUAAAAGUAGAAUGUAAUUCUAUGAAUAGUUCAAUAAGUGGUGGAAGUUUAGUAAGUGAUGCUAUAAGUGAAAUAAGCAAUGAAAAAAAUAGUUUAGAUGAAGAGGAAGUAACACGUUUAACCAAUUUUAAUAAAAGAGAACAUGUUGAUAAAAUGAACGAAGAUUUGUUAUAUUACUGUUAUAAUGUUUUGAAGAAAAAUAAAAUAAAACUGCAUAAUUUAAUUAGUGAAGAAAGCUUAGAUGGUCAUAUCUUUAAAGAUAAUUUUUUUGCAAGGUUCAAAAGGACCUUUUUGAAAAAAAGAGAAAAGGAGAAAAAUAAAAAAAAAAUAAUAAUAACAGCAAAAACAAAAGCAGCGGUAGCAGUAGAAGCCGUAGCAGCAGCAACGAUGAAAGAACAUCUUGGCACUGGCACAGAGACUAAUGAAAAAUAUUUGUUUGACAGAUUACCAUAUGAAUGCGCAGGACCAUUAAAAGAAAACAUUCCUGAUGAUUUCAUUUUGAAAAGAAUAAUGUUCAUAAACAUUUUAUUCUUUUUGUAUAAUCAUACCAAUAAUAUACUAAUUAUGUUAUACAUAUUUAAAUGCUUGGCGAUACUAUCAAAUUUUCUGGUAUACGAGGAAGAUAUCAAAAACUUUGUUAGCAUAUUCAAAUAUUUUUAUAUUAAUUUUUUAAACAUUAAAGAGGAUAAGGAAAAUGAACAUGACUCACUGUUCUGCAAAGGUAGCGAUAUAAACUUUAAUGAAGUAGACUCCACAAAUUGUUUGAGCAGAGACAUAUAUAGGAAUAAUGUACAACAAAAUGGAAAAAUAGAAAAGCAUAAAAAGAACGAGAUAAAAAAAGAAAGCAAAAAUAAUUAUACUACUGCAAGCUCUUUUUAUAAUUCAGACAAUUCUCAUACUACAAGUGUGAUAAUGUCAUCUGAUUCUUCUAUUCAUGGUGAAAACAAUUUUGAUUUAUAUUUGAAUAAUUUAUUAUGUUCUGGGGAUCAUAGUAUUAUGGACAAAAAAAGGAAUGAUAACACUAAUUGCCCUUACUACUACUACAACAGCUAUAUUUUAAAAAAAUUUAUACAGUCUUAUUUAUCCAAAAUACUUAAUAAAUUGGUAAACUAUAAAAAUGAGAAACUUUUAAAUAUCAUUUUUCAGACUUUUUGUAAUAAUAAAUUUAUACCAUUUUUUGAUUUAUUUUUUAUUUUAAAUAAAGAGAGGAUACUUGAAAUUUUAAACGAUUCCUUCUUUUAUUUAAUAGAAAGAAAAUGGAUUGAUAGUACCUGUAAUAAUUGUAAUAUUAAAAGGAAUAAUACUUAUGAUAUAGACUCAAUCAUUAGUAUUAAACAGGUUGAACAAAAGGAAGGAGCCAACUACUAUGAUAUUGGUAAGAGUGCGAACAUGUGUGUAAUAAAAAAAAAAAAUUUUUUUCAAACUUUUGAGCUUUUUCAACAUGAUAUAGCCAGCUACCGAAAUGUGAAACUUCUCUUUUAUUUUUCCUUUUUUAAUUAUGGUAAAGAUAAAGAAGUAAUGGAUGCAAUGAGGAAAAAGGUUUUUACCUUUUUAAAUAUCAUCAAUCAUAUUUUUUCUUUUCAAAAAGGGAACAGAGAAAGGUAUUAUUUGAACAGGAGCCUGACUCAGGGAAAAAAAAAAAUUAAAACAAAUAAAAUGGACAAAAUGGGAGAAGUGGACAAAAUGGGGGAAGUGGACAAAAUGGGGGAAGUGGACAAAAUGGGGGAAAUGGACAAAAUGGGGGAAGUGGACAAAAUGGGGGAAGUGGACAAAAUGGGGAAAGUGGACAAAAUGGGGGAAGUGGACGAGAUGGAAGGAAUAAAAAGUAACUACUGCAGAAGCAAUGCACAUGUAGUACUUACGAAAUCGCUGUGUAGUGAAAAAAAAAAAAAAAAUAGUCUUGAAACAUUGAGCGCGUUAAGAAAAAUCGAAUUUCCUAAUUUGCGCAAGUCUGAGGGUAAUACCUGUUGUGAUAACAGUAAAGGUAACAGGAACAAAUAUAAUUUUUUGGGAGAAAAAGAGGAUUUAUAUAACGAAUUAGACAGCAAUGUGAGAUAUGCAAGUAGCACAUGUAACUCGUCUUUAUCCUUUUCAUCGUGCUCAGGUUCUUCUUACUCAGAGGAAGAAUCAAACUGUUCUUCUGAUUGUUAUUCUGUUUCGUCUUUGUCAAAUAAAUCGUUUAAAAAUAAAUUAAUAGGAACAUAUGAAAAGUUGCAUAAUGAAGAAGAAAGAAUACAUUCUCUGCAAACAUUAGAAAUAAAUAAUUUAAAAAAAAACGAAACAUGCUUUUUUUACCUUUACAAGACAGGUAUUUAUUGCAUGAGUGCAGGUUUUUAUAAACAUAGUUACAGAAUAUUUGAGAAAUUGUACCUCUUAGUAAGUAGUGGAGACAUAAAAUUAUUGUGUAGAUCUUUGUUAAAUUAUUCAAAAUUUUGCUAUAUAAAAAGAAAGUUUGCAAAUUAUAGGAAAAAUAAAAUAUAUGUCAAUCCUGUCAAAUUUUUACAAAUUUCUGAACAGUGCAUGAAACAAAUAUUAAAUUAUAAAGAGAACUUUUUCCCUUUGUCAAUUUUUUUAAAAAUAAAAAUAAAAAUAUAUAAAGCAAUUGAAAAUUUAACAGUACUUGUAAAUGAUAUAAAGGAUGAAAUAAAUUUUACUGUAAAGUAUUUUUCUUACAAUAUCGAAAAAUUUAUUUCGUCAUUAAAAGAUAUAAUGAUAGCUAUAUUAAUAAUUUUAAAUUUUAAGUAUCUAUUUUCAAAAGUAUCAAAAAAAAUACUAGUUAUUUAUAUUAUUAUGAUAAAAUCCAUGUUUAUGUUAUGUAAUUUUUUAAGAUAUAAAAUAAUUCCAUAUUUAUUUUUGAAUUCCUCCUUUUUAUUGAGUACCUUCAUGGAUGAAAUUUCUCACGAGAGCAAUCAGCCAAAUGGUCAAAGUUGUGCAGCUGUUACUAAUAGCGGAAGUUACUACAAUGAUGGCACUGAUAAUGAUGAAGAUGAUAUUGACAAUUAUGAAGCUGAUGGUUACGCCAAUGCUGCUGUAGACGUUGAUGAUGAACAGGACAUAUCAAACACUGUGUAUGGGACGAUACACAAUUUUAUAAGAUUUUAUGUGCACAAAAAAAAGGAAAAAACAAUAAGAAAAAAUAUGUUUGCAAAAGAAUUAAAAAAUACAGAAGGGAAAAUGUUUAAGGAUAUUUUAAAUUAUAUAAUGACACUAUGGAAAAGCAAAGCUGUAGACUUUUUUUUUUAUGAACAUGUUCAGAAUUUAAACGAACUCUGCGAACAUUUAUUUAAAGACAAUAUUAUAAAUAAAAAAAAAAUUAUAAUGUUUAUAAAAAUAUACUUAGUGGUCAUUUACAAAAUUAAUUACCCGACUCCCCCGCGCGUGCUGUCGUCCUCCCCGGUGCCGUAUGUCUCAAGCUCCACGUACAUUUUCAAAUCGAAUAAAGGUAAAGCAUACCACGAAAUUGAAUCGUUUAAGUGCAUAGGUCAACUGACGAAUGCGAAGAAUAACGUAAUAAAGGAUUUCUACUACUGCAAUGUAAAGUUAAUUUUGAAGAACAAAAUAAUGAGAGAGGUCAAUGUAAAAAGUCGAGGUGUGCACAUAUCAUAUACAGUUCACAUAAAAAUGGAGGAGGAAAACUUAAAACAUUUCAAUAUCUUUUUAACUCCUCUCGAUAGAAAUAGAAGCUUGCUUGGUCAGGCAAAGUCAACCGUAUUCUUUUUAAAAUAUAUCUAA